UUUACCUCGAGUAGGGGUGGCUGGUGUCAAAGCUGUGAUAGAAGAUGAUUUUUUAACUGCUUUGGAUUGCAUUAUUGUUCGAAAGCUUGAACGUGUGCAUGUUUUAGUUAAAAAUUGGAUUUUGAGGUUCCUCAAAUUGCAUUUCAAACUGACUAAACUGGGAUAUCCAGCACGUUCACAACCCCUUGUUGAUCAAAUACUGAUUGACGGGUAUUCUUAAAUAGCUGCUGUAGUUGUGACGUGACAAGUAGGAGGUACUAUAUGUACACUUUCUAGGACGUUAACUACGCAGUAACGGAGAACAGAAAUAUUUUUACUUUGAAUCGCUUUAAAAGAUUGACCAUGGUACUUGUUGAUGAAGAUAUCCCACGGCAACAAGAGUAAUUUUUUACAGAUGCUACAGCCUGAAAACAACUCUAGGAUUGUUGACAGCCUGGGCGGCCUUGACAGUCCUUUUCCGCUGCAAGUUAGCAACAACAAACCACAGAGAAGAGACGACUUCACUGCUGAGAUGCUACAGCCUGAAAACAACUCUAGGAUUGUUAACAGCCUGGGCGGCCAUAACAGUCCUUUUCUGCCGCAAGUUAGCAACUACAGGUCACAGAGAAGAGACGACUUCACUGCUGAGAUGCUACAGCCUGAAAACAACUCUAGGAUUGUUGACAGCCUGGGCGGCCAUAACAGUCCUUUUCUGCCGCAAGUUAGCAACUACAGGUCACAGAGAAGAGACGACUUCACUGCUGAGCAUCACAUGGUGAUGUUCUACAUGCCACCUAUCGAAGAAGGGAUGAAUACUGUUGAGGUAUCCACUCCGUGGCCAAGACUCAUAGUCACAGGUCAAGUGAUUUCUGCUCGAGACAUGCCGAUAGUCCUACUACUGCUCGUCUUUUUGGUUGUUCUACUUGUGAUCCGUCAGUGAAUAACCAUCUUGUGGAUCAUAUAAUUUAUAUCAUUGUUGAAAACUGGCGAUUUCUGCCGGUCACUGCUUUGCGAAUAUUCCCAAAAUGUAAAAUAGCAUAAAAUAAAAUAAAAGGAUAGUAAUUUUCUAUCCAAGUAUU